CCGUUCGUCAUACGUGGCAUACGCCCCACUGCUGGCUGUGUCGAAAACGAAACUGACUCGUGUAUGACAUCGCCACGGAGCGAAAAGAAAACGAAAAUAAGGCGGCGUAUCGGACUAAUCUUCGGGGAUUUAUCGUUUGACCCGACGCAGCGGAGGCACAGGAACCGAACGGUGAGGGCGUAAAACGGCGGGAUUUGGGAGCUGGCGUGUCGUUCGUUGAGGGGGGAGGCCCGUGCUGUCAAAGCCACGCACAGGAAAACAACAACACCUGAAUCGCCAGCGUCUCGGCUUCUCACGUUGUCUUACAGCUUUCUGUCACGAACAGCCGCUCCCCAAAAGUCUGAUAUCUGUGGCAUUUUGUAUGGGAAUGUUGGGCAAAGCCCAGGUCUGGACUGGACCCACGGUACUGGGAUGGAGUCUGUAGCAGUGGGUUGGUCUGCUCGGUGAGACUCAAGCUCUUAACACUAUGGCCCACUUCGACACGGAGUACCAGCGCCUGGAGGCGUCCUACAGCGACUCGCCUCCUGGAGAGGAGAACCUGCUCAUGCAUGUGCCGGAAGGAGCCAAAUCCCAAUGGCACCACAUUGAAAACCUGGACCUGUUUUUCCAGAGGGUCUAUAACCUGCACCAGAAGAAUGGGUUCACCUGUAUGCUGAUGGGAGAGAUCUUUGAACUGGUCCAGUUGCUGUUUGUGGUUGGCUUCACAGUGUUUCUAGCUAACUGUGUAGACUAUGACAUCCUCUUUGCCAACAAAUUUGUAAAUCACACUGAUUCAUCAAAAGUUACCCUGCCUGAUGCCUUCAUCCCAAUGGAUGUUUGUAGUAACCGUAUCCGGGACAAUGCAUUUGUGAUUUUUGUGCUGAUAAUCUCGGGGGUGUUUUGGCUGCAUCGCUUCAUCAAAUUCAUCUACAAUGUCUGCUGUUACUGGGAGAUCCGAUCCUUCUACAUCAAUGCACUCAAGAUGUCUAUGUCAGAGCUUCCAUAUGCUACGUGGCAGGAGGUUCAGGCAAGAAUAGUGGAGAUCCAGAAAGAACACCAGAUCUGCAUCCAUAAAAAAGAGCUGACCGAGCUUGACAUUUACCACCGCAUCCUCCGCUUCAAAAACUACAUGGUUGCCAUGGUGAAUAAAUCUCUCCUUCCUGUACGAUUUCGACUUCCAAUGCUUGGGGACUGUGUGUUCUACACUCGAGGUCUCAAGUACAACUUUGAGCUCAUUUUCUUCUGGGGUCCAGGCUCCUUGUUUGAGAAUGAGUGGAGCCUUAAACCAGAGUAUAAGAGAGGCGGUAACAGGAUGGAGCUGGCGAAUCGUCUAGCGUGUCGAAUUCUGUGGAUCGGCAUCGCUAAUUUGCUGCUGUGCCCAGUCAUCCUGGUGUGGCAGAUCCUCUACGCUUUCUUUAGUUACACUGAGGUCAUCAAGCGAGAGCCUGGCUCUCUGGGGGCGAGAUGCUGGUCUCUGUAUGGCCGCUGUUAUCUGCGUCACUUCAACGAGCUGGACCAUGAGCUCAUGUCCCGCCUCAGCAAAGGCUACAAGGCUGCAUCCAAGUAUAUGAACUGCUUUCUGUCGCCGCUGCUGACGGUGGUUGCCAAGAAUGUAGCAUUUUUUGCUGGCUCUCUCCUGGCCGUCCUCAUUGCCCUGACCAUCUAUGAUGAAGACGUUCUUGCCGUGGAACAUGUUCUCUCAUCCAUCACACUCCUGGGAGUGUGUAUCACAGUCUGCAGGUCAUUUAUUCCUGAUAAGCACAUGGUGUUUUGUCCUGAGCAACUCUUGCGGGUGAUCCUGGCUCAUAUCCAUUACAUGCCAGACCACUGGCAAGGCAAUGCACAUCGAUACGAGACCCGGGACCAGUUCUCCCAGCUCUUCCAGUACAAAGCGGUGUUUAUUCUAGAGGAGCUGCUAAGCCCAGUGGUGACUCCUAUAAUUCUGAUAUUCUGUCUAAGGAGAAAGUCUUUGGAGAUCAUUGAUUUCUUCCGACACUUUACUGUUGAGGUGGUCGGAGUGGGAGACACCUGCUCCUUUGCCCAGAUGGAUAUCAGACAGCAUGGACACCCUGCGUGGAUGUCAGAGGGGAAGACAGAGGCAUCUAUAUACCAACAGGCAGAGGAUGGAAAGACAGAAUUAUCUCUGAUGCACUUCGCAAUUACCAACCCCCAGUGGCAGCCGCCCCGAGAGACCACACAUUUCAUCAGCCAGCUUAAAGAAAGAGUUCACCGAGAGGCCACUGGGGUUUCCUCAGACACACAUCCUCUUUCACUGUCAGAGUCUGAACCGCGGAGCCUCAUUGCAAACCUCCUGGCGGGUCCCUCUACACUGGCCUCAGUCCAUUUCGUCAGGGACGGCUCUAUAACCAACCAUGCGGCCGCUGGCAUUGGUGAUGGGGCAUCCGCCCUGCGCUCGCUUUCACCGAUCAGCAGCAGUCUGCACCUGAGAGGCAGCUUGAGUGCAGCUCACAGGGCUGCUAGCCAUGCUUCAGUCAUGAGCAGGGCAAUGGCCGGCUCUGGGACAGAUGCACGAACUGUAAGCUCAGGCAGCAGUGCUUGGGAGGGUCAACUCACUAGUUUGGUCUUAUCAGAGUAUGCCUCUACUGAGAUGAGCAUCCAUGCACUUUACAUGCAUGAGCUUCAUAAGCAGCAGUCUCGUGGUGAGCUGUCCCGUCACACUUGGCACAGGCAGGAGAGUGAUGAAAGCAGUGACAGUAUUCCAGAUGAAGUGAGAAGUGAACCCAAGCCUCACUCCAAACAUUUCCCUCGCUCACAGACCUUUCCCACCACUGUUCCUAGUCCUAGUUCCAUCCCCACUUCAGCCUCAGCCGGUGGCAGUACCACCAUGGGCCAGGAGAGGGUGUCAUCACAUAGCGGCAGCCAGCGCAGAUAUAGUGGACCUAAUACCGAUUCUGUUGGUCCAGGUAGAAAGGUAGUGCGAUCAGCCCGUGUUCCCAUGGGAGGAUGGGCAGAGGAUGGUCAGGCAGCACCCCGACAGCAUGAGCCGCUGCCAGAGGAGGGUUCGGAGGAUGAAAUGCCUCCUCACAUACAUAAGGUCACAUAGCCAAGACAUCCAAAUAAGUAUCGGCCUCUUUUGCUACACAUCAUCCUCUCAAAUAGAAGUGAUCUCCAGGGCUGAUCAUCUGACUGGACACGGAUGAAGAGAAAAUGUGCCUGAAUGGUAUAUCUGGAUAAACUGACUGACUGACUAUAUGCAACAGCCCAAUCUGGAACGCCUCUGAACUUGUUAUUUGGUAUAUUGAUAAAAUGAGAUUAGGUUAAACUGCAGUUAGUCAAAAGCUGACUUAGUGAAAGUGCAGGUGUUGCUGUAAUAUAAAAACAUUUCACAUGUCUGGAGAAAUGUGUCAAUAGAGAAAUGUGAAGAAAACACGUCAAUAGUUCUAUUUCCAUUCUCUCACUCAAACAAAUCACAGGGUGUGAGUUAAAUUUAGGGAAUGUGUGGUGUCUCUCAGUAACAGCAUUCAGCAUGUGAGAAAAACAACGCUGACAACAUAGAGACUUUGUGUAUAUCAGCUGUUGUAACAGGAGGAGGCUGUAUAUCCUACCUUGUGCUUUGUAUUACAGCUUGCACUCUGCCUCUGCUCACAUUUCAAGACAUCUUCCAGUAACUUUAUUUAAUUCUUUAUAAAUUCAUUGCAAUAUAAACAGAUUUUCUAAAACAUUCAGAAACAUUUACUGGUGGUGUAAUUUGCACAGAUGCCUGGUAUUCUGCAACCUCACGAGCACACAUGCACUGUGUAAAUAAAUUGAAUUGUACAGAUAA